GUUCGAACCAUGAAAAGAUUCGAAUCAGUAAAGUGACUCGUGUGAACGACGCUGUCUUGCUGCUCACAGGGAAGUGCUGCAGUUUGGACAGGAGACGUGAUUAAAAACAAACUUGAUGUGAAAGAUGUGACUCUAAUUAGUCAUGAUUAAAUUUAAUUCUUGAUUAAUCUGACAACUUUUUUUUUUUAAACCCCUUUUGUGAAAAUGGGAGAUUUACAGAGGACCUGCUGGAGACUGUCACUUCAUCUCUGUGUUCUUAUAAUUUCCUGUUCAAGUCUCAGCCAAAGCAGCCCAGAUUCCAUCACACUCGUGAACCCUCAUGACUCUCCAGUCCCAGUCCACCCACUGUGGGUCCACUACUCCUGCAGUGAGUCAUCAAUGGUCCACCUGCAGGUUUUGGUCUCUUUCGAUACUGGAACUACAUCUAUGAUCUUCCAGAGACUGUGGGAGUGCUCUCCUGGUGCCCCCCAAACCCGUGUUGUGAAGAUGCAUCUCCCCGACUGGUUGGUGUAUCGGCCUGACUGGAGGACACCGAUGUCUGACUGGGUGCUUAGCUGUUUUGUCCGUGUCUGGAUGAGCAGCAGUGUGUCUUCUGAGCCAAGCCGGGAGUCUCUGGCUAGUGCAGUGGGAACUUUCACCGUCCUCAAUCCUCUGAGUCGGACAUUUAAAGAGCAUCUGCUGUGUCCGAGCUGGGAGACGGAGAUGAUUUGGAAAGCUCGCAGAUGGAAAUCUGAGUGUGCAGUGGAAAACGAAGUCGCCAGUUUGCUGUCCUCACUCUAUGGGUCCACUGGGGAGAACUUUGGCAUCACCAGAACCCUCCAUCCGUACACGAACAGAUUGCUGGAACGCCAACGCCUCAAAGCCAUUAUAUAUCCAUGGUGUGCCUUCUCUCUUUGGGUUUUAUUAGACAGACCAUGUAAACAAAAACUGUGUGGGAUUUUACACCACAUAGACACAAAGCAGAAUUUUGUCAGUCCAUCUUUGUUUCUCACACGUACAGGUCACCUCCAUGUGCAGCUGGAAUUAGAGAACGGUUCACCAUCAGCGGUUCUGUCUUCCUUCACACUUCCUUUGCACCAGUGGUGCCUUCUGAAUCUGGAGCUGACAGGAAGAAUGGGGAAAAUCACGGUCGCGUGUUUUGAGGAACGUGAACAACCGGAUGUCGACUCAUCAGAAUUCAUGUUUAAUACGACAGUAAAGAUGGAUGAUACAGACGGAUAUUUUGUAGUUGGUGGAGGUGAAUUUAUUCGAGGCAUUGAAGGAUUUUAUGGUCCUGUGAUGUAUUACAGAACAAGAGCUCCAUCUUUUAACAUGUCCGAGCUCCAGCUUCCUGAGACGGUCCGGAUGGUGAAUAUAUCUGGAUGGUUACAAUCCUGUCAGCAAUUUCAAACUGAACUUGAACACAAAAUAUCUGAGUAUUCACGUGAAAUUGCUGCAAAGACACAGGGAGAGAGAUGUGUGGAUAUGUACACAGAGCUGACACUGAAAACCAAUCCAGCAUCCUCAAGGACACAGUGCAGCUCUGAUGAAGCACUACACAGCCCUCGGAGACGACCGGUGGCUCGGCUGGUUGAAAAAAUAUUCAGCAGAUAUGGCUCUGUGAGUCCAGCAGCCAUUGGCCGAGCUUUGUAUGCGUCCGUGGUGCGUAUGAUGGAGGCAGAAAAAAGUGUGAAGGCAGUAAGAAGGCUGAUGCCUUCUCUAUUACAAGCAGGGUGUUUAGGAGACAACUGGGCUCUCCAUCUCGCGUCUGUUCUAUACAGCAGUGGGCUCGGUGUGAAGAAACAGCCCUACAAGGCCUGGCUGCUAUCAGCGUUGGGAGCUCAGAAGGACUCGAGACUGGCUCUUCUCCGGCUGGGGCACCUGCACCAUGUAGGUGAUCAGGGCGUGGCAGCAGACCCAGACCUCUCCUAUGCCUACUAUUCCAACAUCGCCAAGCAAACCUCAGCUGACCGUCUCAAACCUUCCUCACAGCAGACGUUUGUCGAGUCAAUACACCUCAAUGACGAGGAACAACUGAAAGCCCAAACCAAUGAGAAUGAUGACAUCUUUCAGUGGCUCAAACUCCAGGCACGCAAUGGUGUCGCAGAUGCGGAGCGGGCAGUAGCUCGGAUGUUGUUCUGGGGUCAGCAAGGCGUAAGUUCAGAUAUCCAGACGGCAGUGAGACACUAUGAGAGAGGAGCCACCAGGCUGCAGGACCCUGUGUCCAUGUACGACUACGCCAUUGUUCUGCUCAUGGGCCAAGGAGUUCCAAAAGACGUGCCAAAAGCUGUCACUUUCCUGGAAAAAGCAAUGAAACAGGGCUAUGCUCCAGCCAUCACAGCUUUGGGUUGGUACUACGAGCAGUUUGAGAAGAACUAUGAGCAAGCAGUGGAGCUCUGGGAACUGGCUGAUCAGCUGGAGAAUCCAGAUGCUGCAAUGAAUCUCGGGGUCCUUCACUCACAAGGCCUUUAUCCUGGACAACCACCUGACAAAGUUAAGGCAUAUCAGUACUUUCUGAAAUCAGCCCAGAGAGGCCACAUCGAUGGAGGCAUUGAGCUGGCUGAGAUUUGGAGUCGAGGUAUUCCUGGCUAUGUGGUGCGACAGCCAUCAGAUGCUGUUCUGUGGGUGAAGUGGGCAUCUGAACACAAUGGAUAUCUUGGUACAGCCUUGAGGAAAGGCCUGAAUGCCUAUCUUAAGGGCAACUGGUUCAUGGCAUUGGUUCAUUACCUGAUGUGUGCCGAGUGUGGAUUUGAAGCGGCUCAGUUUAACAUGGCGUACCUGUGUGAACACAGUCCUCAUGGAUUAUUGAAUCCACCAUUUAUGGCACAGUGUAUGCUACGAUACUACAAUCUCUCCAUUCAAAGCCAAGAUCCUUCAUCUUAUGCUUGGAUUAAAAUGGGAGACCUGUUCUAUGAAGAGCACGCACUGGGCAAAAGAGAUCUUUCAGAUGUAGCUGAGAUGUAUAAAAAAGCGGCGCUCAAAAAUGACCCACAGGGCUGGUACAGUCUGGGGCUGCUUGUUCAGGAAGAUCACAGAUUACCAGCCUUGGUACUGUCUGAACUGAAGCUGCUGCAACAUUAUUUUUCAGACAAAUACACUCUUCUUACCAGCCUGUACCAAAGGUGUCGAAACUCGAACAGUGAUGAGGCGUACUUCCCCUGUACUCUGGCUCUGCUUGCUGCACACUUAGACUCCAUACAAACACUUGGACCUGCUACUGUGAAGCUCCUGAGCGCUGUAGCGGUUGCUGUCGCUACUCUGUCCUUUAUCAAACUCGUCCCUGUGAUCCUUCGUCAGAGAUCCGUACCAGGACAGCAGAGAUCGCCGUCAUCCGAGAGCAGUGAAGCACCAGAACAAGAUGAGACUCCAGUGGUCUGAGUGGCAUUCAGCAUUAGUGAUAAACCACUUGAGAAACUGACCAACGAACACGGAGGGAGGAAAAAGAAGAGGAAAACCAUUUCAUCAUGCUUUGAAAGAUGUUUGAGUUUAUCAUUUUUUUUUUAAUCCUCACUGUUACGUCUUUACAUCUAUACUUUUUUUUUUUUUGGUUUUAACAUAUAGUUUUUUUUAUGUCAUAACCAAUAUGUUAUGUCAUAAAGUUCAGACAUAAAACAUUUCUGGAUGUGGUGUUGGAGGAAAAAAUUAAAAGGGGAAAGAGUUUGAAUAUCUUCCAGAAACUGCAAAUUCUCCAUCUAUCCAUCUUCUAUCGCUUAUCCGGAUCCGGGACGCGGGGGUAGCAGCCUAAGCAGAGCAGCCCAGACUUCCCUCUCCCCGGCCACCUCCACCAGCUCUUCCGGGGGAAUACCGAGGCGUUCCCAGGCCAGCCGAGAGAUGUAAUCUCUCCAGCGUGUCCUGGGUCUGCCCCGGGGUCUCCUCCCGGUGGGGCACGCCCAGAAAACCUCCCUUGGGAGGCAUCACAAGGUGCCCGAACCACCUCAACUGAUUCCUUUUGAAAUUCUGAAAUGUUUUAUUCCUCUGAUACCACAACAGUCCACCAACAAGUACAUUUCUUACGUUUAAGGACAUGCUAUGUUUUUAUACCUAUUAAUAGUUGCAUUCAUAGAUGUAGUCCAUUAAACAAAGUAGUUCCUGUUAUCACUUACAUUAUAGCAGCUAUAAACUCUUAUUCUAACCAAUUAAUUCUUCCAAUUUAAACAGGGAAAAAAAGUAAGGAGGUGCUGACAAGAGAUUUGUAUUUUAAAGCUAUACCGCCUUUCAGAUUUUUCAAGUGUAGGUCAUAAAAAGAAUUUUCCCCGACACCCAAUUAUUUUUGUUCAGUGGACCGAAAGCAACUGAAUUUGAAUCGCAGACUUCCAAUUUUAUUAGUUGUUUUUUUUAAAAUAGAACAAUUAAUGAAUUUAGAGCCACAUGACCCUAAAUUCUUCGCUACUUUUUCAGCUUCACCAUGACCCAAUUCAAGAUACUACGUCAUGCAUCACAUGGUGGGCUUUCCCCAUUCGCACAAGGCAUUAUGGGAUACAAAUUUGAAACGGGAGAGAAAAAUGGAGGACGCGAGUGUGUGAAUGAAAUUUGAAAGGCCGACUACAGUAACGUAAAGCGAGAAGAAGAAAAGACGUUAUGUUAUAUAUGGAGGAAAGGAAAUGCAGGACCAAACUAAUAAAUAUUGGCGGUCACAUUGGUGUGAUCAGCUGUUUGUUUAGCGACAGAAUGAUGUAACUGUCAGCGCACGCUCAAAGGUAAACCUGCGCAUGCGCACACGGGCUUCCUCUGUCUGCUUGACUGCGCAAAGCGAGUGAUUUCAUGCAUGUUAUUUGCUUUAAUCCCCUCAAAUUAAAUAACUUCCCAGCCACAGAAUGGCCUGAUAUUUUGUCAGAUAUUACAGAAAUAAACAUGCAUCACAAUGACCACAUUUCAGAUGGAACUAAAUUUCACCGAUUUUAUGAAAUCGAAAGGCCGUCUAGCUUUAAUCACCAAGAAAUCUCUUCUUUCCUAUAUCUACUUUUGCAGGGUCGAUUUUACAGAAUCUCACGCAUCCAGACCAUAUUUACUAAAGAAAAGAGCUAAUUACAGUGAUUUGCAAAGAAAUAAACACAGCUGCACUUUUACCUAAUGAAUACAACCUGCACAAUAUAAACCCCCAUUUGCACACAUCAUCUCAUCAGUAAACAUGCAGGUGGAUGGGAGGAUUUUUCACUGAUGUUUGUUAUUAGGGUUUAGAUUUGCUCAUGCACUGAAUGUUUAAGGAGUGUGUGCUUUCUGAUCUGCUGGUGGGAUUAACUGCAUAUGAGCUGAAUCUCUAGCAUUGAGUAAACAUGAAAAAAAAAACAGAAAACUGAAGGACAUUCAAGCAGGACGUCUCAGCACACUGAAAAAAAGAGUCCACAGAAAAGAGACUCUUUAUUUUGUGGCUAAUUUUUGAUGCCUUUGAACAAAUUCGUAAGAACGUGACUUGACAGGAUAUAUCUUCAGAAGUGUCUGAAAGCUCUCUCUGGCUGUACCUUAGGUUUUUUUUUUUUUGCAUGCUAAUGAUGUAUAGAAAACAUAUGAUCACUAACCCCGUCCCUUAAUCUAAACUUAAACUUAAACGCAGUCAUUUUAUACAAUUUGAGUCUUUCAAUUAAAACAAAUUUUGUAAAUGAUACCAUUUUGGCUUUUCACUGGCAGUCUGACAGCUACUAAUUGCUCUCACUGUUGAUAAGAAUCUCAUCUCAUUAUCUCUAGCCGCUUUAUCCUGUUCUACAGGGUCGCAGGCAAGCUGGAGCCUAUCCCAGCUGACUACGGGCGAAAGGCGGGGUACACCCUGGACAAGUCGCCAGGUCAUCACAGGGCUGACACACAGACACAGACAACCAUUCACACUCACAUUCACACCUACGGUCAAUUUAGAGUCACCAGUUAACCUAACCUGCAUGUCUUUGGACUGUGGGGGAAACCGGAGCACCCGGAGGAAACCCACGCGGAGACGGGGAGAACAUGCAAACUCCAUACAGAAAGGCCCUCGCCGGCCACGGGGCUCGAACCCGGACCUUCUUGCUGUGAGGCGACAGUGCUAACCACUACACCACCGUGCCGCCCCGUUGAUGAUGAUAAUAAUAAUAAAAUUACAAAUGGCUCGUUCCGCAGAGAUGGAAACAAAAAAGGGCAAAACAAUAAAGUGAAUCAGAAUUUUUUCUAGUACUUACCAGAAAUGUAUCUAUCACUCUUCUGUUUAUACCCAACAUACAUCUAAACAUAAUUUUUUUAAUGCUGCUUAAUGUUGAAUGCCUGUUUUGUUUAAUAUAAAAGUGUCUAUGAUCAAUAAAAAUUGUCCUUGAUUUGCAAUCUAUUCUGAAAAUGAUUAGAACACUUUACAUUUUUAACAGAAGCAUUUUAAACAGUAUCACACAUAAUUAAUGUCUAUUCUCCUCAUCGUCGUCACUGCCGAACCCGAUCCAGGCUUGAGGCGAGCCAUGUUUGGUUGACUUCGCAGGCGUGCAAACGGCGCGCUUUUCGGCGCAUUCCGCUUUUUCCCUGGCAUUUUGGGCAACUUGUGUAAUUCGUGCAGAUCCGAAGAGUUUUUUUUUUUUGGGGGGGGUUGCUCUCCGGUAAUCCACUCUGGUAGUAAUGAUAGACCUGAGUACUGUGCAGACCAUACAACGUUUGGUUCCCCCUGGUGGAUAUAUGGAACCAUUGACAGCAGAGAUAGUAAGAUUGACAGUGUAGCUGCUGGCUGCUAUUAUAAUAUUCAACAGCGUUCCGUUACAAACUGCUAGCUGCUACACUGUCAGUGGACGGAACCGAUGGCUGGGCAAUCUGGUUGCUAAGGACCGUGACUCCCGGGCUUUUCCUCAGAUAGGUUUGUUCAUUUAUCAACUUGCUGAAUUUCAUCUACUAGUGUGUAUUUCUUUGGAGCCUCGGUGACUGGGAGUAAACGAUCAGCGUUGAAGUGGAAGUCAUUUACUCGUCUACAAUCAAAGCAUAAGUGUUAAAAUAAUUGUGCAUAUAUAUAUAUAUAUAUAUAUAUAUAUAUAUAUAUAUAUAUUAACUUUGUCUCUCGUAACCUAGCCUCCUUCAUCUAACCAUAUUAGCCAUGACCUAUCCUUGGGGUAAAAAACGCCCGAAAAACGUAAUGUUAUUUGAGGAGUUGCAUGAUGACUGUAUAUGUUCUCAACGUAGUGUCUACAUGGGUUAAUGACUAUUGUUUUUUUGUUCCUAGAUAAUAUUUAAGUGCCGUAAUACCGUUCUAUACGUGCAAGAAUUGGCCUUAUUAAAGCUUGUGGCUGUCUGGGUUAGUUAAAAUGCUAAUCGUUAGCACCCGACUAGCUGCUAUUGUAGAACAUCGAGUGAUCAAAUGGUAAUGUGUAACCCAUGUGUGUGUUAUGAGUUCGUGGUGCAUACAUCCAAGGCACUACACAAACUUCAGGAAGUGGCAAAGAAAAGGAAGAAAAAGGAGUAAAGAUGGACUGACUUUGGGGUGGGGAACUGAAUUAAUAAAUAAUAGUAAUUAAUAAAUGUUCUGUUUUGUUGAAA